AUGGAAUUUCUGGAUAUCAAUCUGGAUGAAGUUGCAUCUGCUUUUCAUGAAGCUAAACGUUUUGGGAAAAGAUGUAAAGAAGCUCCUGAUGGUUCAAUCGAAGUUAAACGAUGUCUCAAAAAGUUUCCAAAGUUCCAAACAUACGUACUUUUAUCAGGUAGCGGUUGCAUUCAUGAGGUUGUCUAUCCUGCUGGUGGUGCACUCAAUGAAUUAAAAAAUCUUGCGCACCCUGCAAGGAAUUAUCCCUUUACUUUGGAUCCAUUUCAGCAACGUGCCAUCCUGUGUAUUGAAAACGAACAGUCUGUUAUGGUAUCUGCCCAUACAUCUGCUGGUAAAACCGUAGUUGCUGAGUACGCGGUUGCUAAAAGUCUGAAGCAAAACCAGCGCGUUAUUUACACAACACCUAUCAAGGCCCUGAGCAAUCAGAAGUUUCGCGAAUUUUCGGAGAUUUUUAAAGAUGUUGGCCUAAUGACUGGAGAUAUAACUAUCAACCAAGAAGCAACUGUUCUUAUAAUGACAACAGAAAUAUUGAGAUCUAUGUUGUACAGAAGCUCUGAUGUAACUCGUGAAGUUGGCUGGGUUAUUUUUGAUGAAAUUCAUUAUAUGAGGGAAAAAGAACGCGGUGUUAUCUGGGAGGAAACCAUCAUUUUAUUACCUGAUAGUGUUGGGCUUGUUUUUCUAAGUGCAACAAUUCCAAAUGCUCGUGAAUUCGCUGAAUGGAUAGUGUUUUUACAUAGAAAACCGUGCCACGUCGUUUACACUGAUUGUCGUCCUGUUCCAUUACAACACUAUGUUUACCCAUGUGGUGGGGAUGGAAUUCAUUUGGUAGUCAAUCAGAACCGUGAGUUUAUUGAAUCUAACUUCAAUCUUGCUUUAAAUACUUUACAAAAUGCGGCUGGCAAUUCAAUUUCUGAUACAAAAUCCCGUGGACGUAAUGGUGGCAGCACCCGUCCUCAACCAUAUUGCUCGAAGUUAGUUAAGUUGGUAAUGGACCAAAAUUUGGAACCACUUAUUGUGUUUUCAUUUAGCAAGAUGGAUUGUGAAUUCUAUGCUAUGCAACUAAACAAAAUGGAUUUUAGUACAGAAUCAGAAAAGGCGGCUAUUGAACUUGUAUUUAAUAAUGCCAUUGAGAGUCUUUCCGUUGACGAUCGAAAUCUUCCUCAGGUUCAGAUUUUAUUACCUGUAUUACGUCGUGGAAUCGGUAUUCAUCAUGGCGGGUUGUUGCCUAUACUCAAGGAAAUUGUUGAAGUGUUAUUCGCUGAGGGUUUUAUAAAAGUAUUGUAUGCUACUGAAACAUUCGCGAUGGGUCUUAAUAUGCCUGCUCGAUCUGUGUUAUUCACGUCUACUCGAAAGUUUGAUGGACGCGACUUCCGUUUACUUUCAUCUGGGGAAUAUAUUCAAAUGUCAGGACGCGCGGGUCGUCGAGGAAAAGAUACACGUGGCACAGUUAUAAUGAUGCUUGAUGAUCGUAUCAGUGCAGAUGAAGCCAGGAGACUCUUACUUGGUGAACCUGACCGACUGGAUUCUUCAUUCUAUCUAACGAAUAAUAUGAUACUUAAUUUACUUCGUGUUGAGGAUAUCAAUCCAGAAAUAAUGCUAGUUAAAAAUUUUCAACAAUUUCAAUGCAGAUCUGAAUUGCCCUAUCUUGAAAAACGUUUAAAUGACACAGAAUCUCUUAUCAAAAAUAUUUGUUUUCCGGAAGAUAUUGAUAUGGAACAGCUUGGCGCUUAUGUUAAACUUCAUCAUGCAGUUGCCGUAUGUGAAGCUGAGAGGUGGACAUUGGUUUCACAAAGAAAAAGUGUUAUACCUUUCUUUCAGGCUGGCAGAGUGGUUCGAAUUCGCAAUCUGGACGAUUGGGACUUCGGAUGGGGAAUUGUUGUACACGUAGAUCGGUCUGAUUCUCCAAUAACACAUUCUGGGCAUCAAAAAUCCAACAAAAUGUCAGUCAUUUGUCUUAUGGAAGUUGCUGAAGACCACAUCCUACGAAAUUCAGAUUCUACAAGAAAACCGAUUCCUUUUUCGUUUGUGAAACCUGCUGAUGGUGUUGAUUUUCAAUCUGAUACUUUUACAUCGGUUAUCCAGUUAGUUUCUGUUCCUCUAGAUUGUUUGUCUGGUAUUUCAAGCGUUUGUCUCAAACUAAAUUCAUUAUUGGAGUGCGACAAUCAGAAUACCGAGCAGUUAUGUAACAAGCUUUCAGUUCAACCAGAUCAUGUAAAACGACGCAUUUGGGAAGGUGUUGAUCGUGCCAAAGCAAAAUUAGGAGGAAUACUGCCAGUAUUAGAUCCUAUCAAGGAUUUGAAUAUUAAAGACGAUCGUGUGAAACAACAGUGCGAGGCGAUUAAUUUAUUGAAAGCACGAAUGGCUAUGAAUCCGAUCUCGAAACGAUCUGAUCUGGACAGUCUUAUUGAUAGUUUCAAUUGGAAAGCUUCUAAUUUACGGAAACUCGAAGACAUUCGUGAACGUAUAAGCAGAACAGACUCACUUUCACAUUUUGACGAGUUGCGUGCAAGAAAAAGACUUUUGCGAAGACUUUUUUUUUGUUCAGAGGAUGAUACAAUUGCAUUAAAAGGUCGUAUUGCUUGUGAAAUUUCAACUGGUGAUGAAUUGAUGCUGACUGAAUUGCUGCUAGAUGGGUUCUUUUCACAAUUCUCACCAGUUCAACUAGCAGGUGUCAUGUCAUGUUUUGUAGCAGAAAAACAAACAAAACAUCGCAUGAUAAAUCUGAGUCCUGUUAUGAAGAAGGCUAUAAAAACUAUCCACGAUAAAGCAAGAUAUCUUGCAAAAAUGUCUGCCGAAUGUAAUAUUAACACGGGCCAUAGUAGUGAGAAACAAUUAACAACUUUGUUCCAAAGUCUCGAAAAUAACAGAAAUAAUCUUUUGGAUGAUGAACAAGCUUAUGUUAAUCGUUUCGUCGGUGAUUUAAUGGAUGUUGUAUGUGCUUGGGCUGAAGGUGUCAGUUUUUCUCGACUUUGUGAAUUGACAAGUGCAUUCGAAGGUAGUGUAAUUAGAUGCAUCAGAAGACUGGAAGAACUUCUAUGUCAAAUGCAUAAUGCAGCAAAAGUUGCAGGAAACUCAGAGUUGGAAAAUAAGUUUUUAGAAGCCGUAAUCCUAAUCAAAAGAGAUAUCAUUUUCUGUGCAAGCCUAUAUCUUUAA